GUAGCUUUUUCGAGGUGUAGAUCUGGCAACCCUACGGAUAAGAUAAGUGUUAAGGGCACAGAACCGAACCUGCUGUUGGACCUAAAUACACAUUAGAGGAUUCAUAUUUCUGCAGAUAAUAAUUAUAAAACUGUAUAAGCAGAUACUUGAGCUAUUUGAAGUUAUCUGAGCCAUGUCAUCACCGGGGGGACAGGGAGGAGCUUUGUCCACUAAAGCCACAGGACCAAAGAGGAUGAAAUGGGCUCUGGAGCUAAGUCUGGCCAACACCAGGACUCGAGGAGAUAGGCAGCUGAAGGAUGGAGAAGUUAUGUAUCCUGUGGGCUACUCGGAUAAACCGGUCCCUGACACCAGCGUGCAGGAGGCUGACCGCAACCUGGUGGAGAAGAGAUGCUGGGAUGUAGCCCUUGGCCCUCUGAAGCAAAUCCCCAUGAAUCUGUUCAUUAUGUACAUGUCUGGCAACACAAUUUCUAUCUUCCCCAUCAUGAUGGUGUGUAUGAUGGCAUGGAGGCCCAUUCAGGCGCUCAUGUCCAUGUCUGCAACCUUUAAACUGCUGGAGAGUUCGAGUCAGCAGUGGCUCCAGGGGACGGUCUACCUAAUCGGAAACUUGCUCGGCUCAGCGCUGGCCAUCUACAAGUGUCAGUCAAUGGGUCUCCUCCCAACACAUUCGUCUGAUUGGCUCGCCUUUAUUGAACCUCCGCAGAGGUUGGAGAUAAUGGGUGGAGGAUUGGUCCUGUGAGCCCUCAGAACCUCUUGUACACACUUCCACACCCAAACCCUUUGCCUGUUUAACACGAUUUCAUUAAUUUAUGAAUGUUUUGAAUCAGAUCCACUUUGUCUCUGUCUCUUUCAUAUCUUCUACUACAUAUAACCGUGUCAUUACAAAAAGAGAUUUAAUAAACAUGCUACUUUUGACUUAAACAUGAUACAGUAUCAUCUCUGGAUCUCGUCCGAGGGUGGAAACCAUAAUUCACAGCUAUCAAAGAACUAUUUACUUGCCAGACAGGACAUAUGUUUCAGGCACACUUAGAAUGACAUUUUCAUCAUGACUGUCACAGGAACUAUUUGCCUUGUCUUAUCUUUUUUUGGAAAAAAAUAAGAAAUUUAAUGAAGAACACAUUGCUGCUCUAAAACUGAUGUCUUCAUGUAUCAUGAUAUAUGAUAUUACAGGUUGGUUUUAACACUGUGGUGUGUAAGGGAUUGCUUUUUUAUUCACCUAGAUAGACUGUUUGCAGUCUCAUCCACUUAUGUAUUUAUUUUUUGCACAUGCCUGCGAUGUUUUCUGACAGACGUAGCAGGUUCUACUAGUCUAAAUAUUAAAAAAAAAAAUGUUAUAUAAAUCCCUGUGAUCCUGAGCAAGAUAAAGCAGUUACUGACAAUAUGAAUGAAAGGAGUAUCGUGUUCUUUGUCCACUCCCGUACAUUAAAACUGUAUUACUCACAAUAAAUAUUGGUUGUAAUUAACUUG